AUGACAGAAGCACUUGCGCGUGUCAGUGGCCUUACGGCGAUCGUGCAGCUAACCGGCUGCAUGAUAAGACUGACCAAAGACCUGCGUGUUUGCAUGAAAACCGUACGCUCCGCGCCGAAGGAGAUCGAAUACUUCAUACGCGAAACCUCGAUAUUUACCGACCAGUUACGAUAUUUCUAUAGUCUAGUAGGCGAGUCUGCCGGGGAGUCGGAUGGGAAGCACAAGCGCGGUAGGGCCUCGUUGGUCCGAAAAAUCGUCAGGCAAUGCAGAUACAUCGAAAGGGACUAUACCGACCUGGUCAACUGCUUUGUCGAGGUUAACGGUGCUGAUACUUCGCCAUUCCAUUCUAUCCGCGCCCGAAUCCUGUGGACCUGGAGGAAGCCGGACGUCCCAGGGCUGCGACUGAGCCUCCACAGCGCGACGGCUAACGUUAUGCUGCUGUGUAAUCUGUUCGCAUACGAAAAGUUGAUGGCCAAGGGCGAGAGCGAGAAGGAUGACGAGAUUGCCGAGAUGCUUCGAGACCAGCUGGAAACGUGCAUAGCAACGGCUAGGAAACUCAGACGUGAGGUGGUCGAACACCAAGGGCGUAAGCCUGUGACAGAGGGGAUGCCGGACACUCGCGACUUGGAAAAAUAUGUUGUUAGCGCGAUUCGAUCGCAGGAAGCACGAGAGGCCUCGCUUUUCGACGGCAGGCGAAGAGAUUCCCGUCCGAGGCGGCGGCACGGCCGGACAGAACGAAAAACCUGGGCGACAUCGGUUUCGGGAUCGGCAACAGCCGUGGCUCGCGCGGAUGAGCGUGCAAAAACUCGUCGCAGCCAGCAGCGCCCCAAAUCGCACCAGGCUCCAGACGGAAUAGCAGGUGACCCCGGCUCACGUGCUUCUCACAUCGGGGUCUCGAGCGAAAUCGACGGACCACCGCCGCCGACCACGGACAAGUUCGCCGACAUGAUCGUCGGCGAGGAACAAGCUGAGGGUCGAGGGGAAGGAAGCCGGGCCAAUCGACGCUCUGGCGAUUCGGAGACCCCCCGGAAAGCACACGGCGAUUCACAAAUAUCUAGGCUGGUCGAGCGCAAGGAAAGUUGGGAGGCAUCGACGGGCACGACGAACUCGCAAGCGGCCGAGGAGGAACGUCGGCAAAGUAGUUACCGCGGCUCGAUCGGUCCGAUGGGGGAUACGCCGGCGGCAUCGAUUGGGGGUCCGGGAUCGAGAAGACGACCGCGGCGACCAAGACCGGAAUCAACAGUAGAUUAG